CGAAUGUCCGCGCUCUCGAAAGUACCUCGAGAAUUAGCGUAACGCGGCGAUGCAGCCACAAACAAGAACUUGCAUUCACCCUUCUUCUAACCUGUUCUUCGACAGCAUUCCCAUACGGCAAUUUUUGUUAUAAUUUCAUCCUGAUCGAAAUAAUACCGCCAAAUACCUAAUAAUUGAUAAUAACCACAAGAAGGAAACAGGACAGAUUUGGAGUUUAUUUAUGAUGACACUGACAUACACGCCAAUGAAAUUGCAGAAUUGUAUAGCUAUACAGAACAAUAUGAAUUACAACUUAAUCUUAAGGCAUUUGAGGAUCAGAUGGAGUGGUACAAGUUACGACCGUGGUGGCUAAACUUGACAAGGCCACAACAGAAGUCAGUGAUCUACAAAUUGUUGGAUCAAUUGGAGAUCUCUAAUAAGCAGCUUAGGAUGAAGGCUGCUCGAUGCAUUCUUUAUUUGGCUCAGGGUUGUUGGGCUGAGGUACAGUCUGACAAGGAACAACAAGACUGGACUAGGACAAACGUAAUGUUACUUUAUGAAGCUGGCAUUUUUCCAGCAUUUGUUGAACUGCUAAACAUUGAGAUUGAAAAUAGCACAACUGCUACCUCAGCAAUGAGAAAGCUAGCUGUUAGUCUCGCUGAUUCGAUAGACUUAAGAGUCAUUCUGUCCGUUUUGUACAUUAUAACAGAAGCUAUGAGGGAAGAAUUGAAAAAUAUCGAGCAGAGCGAUUACAAGGACAAUGUUGAAGCUUUCAAAGAGGACCUCGUAAAUCCGUACGGAGAAGAGUUACUGAUUGUUAAACUUCUCGGCAUGGUGACGUGCUUCUGCAGCGGCUCAGCGCCACAUUUUCCCAUGAAGAAGGUUCUUUUGCUUCUGUGGAAGCUAAUCUUGGUCUCUCUUGGCGGCAUCGACACGCUCAGAGAGUUGAAGAAGCAAUAUCGCGAGGAGGCCGGUCUCGACACGCAACAAGAAGAUACUAUCGAGGUCGCCAGAACUAUGAGGGCCAGCUCUCCGCCCAUGAGUGCGGCAGAUCUAAUUGAAACGCAGAAUCAAAAGAGGAACAAUCGACCGUUUCGUCGGAGUCUGAUGAAACAAAGCUCGUUGGAUGAUCCAGGCUUAGGUAUGGAAUACGAAGGAGGGGAACCUGCAAACAAUACUGCAACGAACGAGGGUGACGGUGAACUGAUCGUAUUCCUGGGGCCUGGCGGACCUGGCAGUUGGAACCAGACGUAUUACGAAGAUCAGAAUAACCAGUCGCAAUUGAGGCCAAGUACUCCGCAGCUUAUAAAGGGAAAGGGUUUACCUUGGACACCCAAGGUGAGGCAAAAAGAUGUAGACAGUUUCCUGGAAGUCGCGAGACUGAAAUUCGUCGGUUAUAAGUUACAAGGCGACAGGGAGAGUUUAGCGGGUUUGCCUCAACCAAUUCACGAAGGCGUUACUACCCUGAAAAAGCAUAUGUACACGUCUCUAGCUGAAACUCAAAUACGAAAGGAGGAGGAGAUAGCGAGAAAUCCGAUGAGCACUUCGGAACCGCCACUUCGUCAGACACCGACGGAGAUUCUUUAUCAAGCCAUAUUACCGAAUUUACCGCAGUACAUGAUCGCGUUGCUGAAGAUAUUGCUCGCUGCUGCACCAACUAGUAAAUCUAAGUCGGACAGUAUUAAUAUCCUGGCUGACGUGUUGCCGGAGGAAAUGCCAAUGACGGUGCUGCAGUCGAUGAAACUAGGAAUCGAUGUUAACCGGCACAAAGAGAUAAUUGUUAAAGCUGUUUCCGCAAUUUUAUUACUGUUACUUAAGCACUUGAAAUUGAAUCACAUAUACCAGUUCGAAUUUAUGUCGCAGCAUUUAGUGUUCGCCAAUUGCAUACCUCUUGUAUUGAAGUUCUUAAACCAAAACAUCAUAGCUUAUAUUGAAGCGAAGAAUGUUAUUCCUAUUCUGGACUUCCCCAUGUGCGUCAUCGGUGAUCAACCGGAGUUAACCACCGAAAGUCUUGAAAUCGGUCACAGUCAAAGCUUCUCCUGGAGGAACGUUUUCUCUUGCAUUAAUUUGCUAAGAAUUCUGAACAAAUUAACCAAGUGGAAACACAGUAGAAUAAUGAUGUUGGUUGUUUUCAAAUCAGCGCCCAUUUUAAAACGCACGUUGAAAGUUCGACAUGCGAUGAUGCAGUUAUAUGUAUUAAAAUUAUUGAAAAUGCAAACCAAGUACCUCGGUCGACAGUGGAGGAAGACGAACAUGAAGACCAUUAGUGUAAUUUAUGCGAAGGUCCGACAUCGUCUGAACGACGACUGGGCGUAUGGCAAUGAUUUAGAAGCGCGGCCGUGGGACUUCCAAGUGGAAGAGUGCGAGCUGCGCACCUGCGUCGAUCAGUUCAAUAAUCGAAGAUAUUCGAAUGCACCGAGAGACGAGGAGCUGGAGCCGGUCGACGCGUCAGUCACGUCGGUGCUCGGUGCGAGCGUGGAAUUGACGGAGGAAUUUAAACAACACUACGAAUUGUGGUUGCAGCAGGAAGUAUUUCAGAGGAGUAUCAAUUGGGACGAACUGCUGGACCCCGCGGCGUGUGAAAUUUAAGUUUGUUAAUAAGUGUGAAACGCGUAUAGAAAUCGUAUUUUCAUUAAAUCACAGACCUCGAAUGAAAUUUCGACGUUUCUACGAAUUACAUGGCGUUGUGAGAAGUGUUCAAGAGAAAAAGAAAGAAUGAAAGGAUAGAAGGAGAGGAAGAACAUUGCCAUAUCGACUCUGCAAAAGUUUCAGACAAGUUGCAUUUGGUACCGCGGUAAAUGGUCCUAUUCUGAAAAAAAGGAAGAUUUAGCGAAGAAACUGGCGUCUUUCAACACGAUUACUUCCGGUGAAACGUGCAUAACGUUUCGGAUUUCUUUUGUAUUCAAUUUGUGCAAUGUGCAAAUGCUUGUAGUCAUUUCUUUAUCGUUAGAUAUCGCUAAUUUUACGCAAACGUACUUCCCUCUCUCGUCAUGAUUAUCGGGACGUAACGCGCGUUUUAGUAAAGUACCUUGAUUCUCUCGCCGUUAACGAUCUGGAUUUCCCUGACUUAAAAGUCAGUGUGCAUCGUAACAUAAUUUACACGUACCGAUACGCCAAAUUCAAUUUUCCUACAUUUUAUAUGUUUUCUACAUGUUCGCGACCCUUUCUACAUCAUGUCUGGUACAAUGAACUCGGAGAGAAUUUUAAUGUACGAGUGCAGAGGCUAUCUUACUUCUUCUCGAUCUGCACCAUAUUUUAUAACAUUAUAACUAUUACAUAUAAAUAUUCGCAUAUAUCUUCGGCUCACCAUUAAUCAUGACAUCAAUUUGUAUCUAUAUAUUCAUGUAUAGUUGGUCUUAUCGUAUAAGGGAGAGCUGAAUAAUAGCAGGAUUUUAGGGAGUCGUGAAAUAUAGUGUAAAAUGCAGGAUGAUUGGCUGUCGCUUAUCUUGAUACACGUAAAUUAAGGAUUUUUCACAGUAGGUACAAACACACACAUAUACCUACACGACACACAUACACACACAUUUACACAUGGCAAUUCAACUUUCCCUUAUUUAUAGUCAUUGUAAUUGGAUAAUCUCAAAAAUUCUAGUAUUGUAUAAUUUAUGUUAUUAAAGAUCUUGUACAGAGUACGCGAUUGGCAUCAUGUUUAAAUCAUUAAGGUUUAAUAAAACUGAUCUACAUAA